ACCGUACCAGUAUCUCCCACCAGCUCACUCGUCUUCACCACUGGCCACAUCGGUUUGGACCUCAAAACCGGCAACCUGGUCCAAGGAACAGCAGAAGCAGAAUUCGAAGCCAUCUUCACCUGUCUCGAUGCUGCAUUGAAGAACGCCGGGGUGAGCCAGGGACUGGCCCAGGGCUAUCGUUUCACGAGCUAUCUUGUCCAUGUCGAGGAUGAGAAGGUUAUGCAGGAUGUUUUUCGGAGGAUGGUUCCUGGGCAUACGCCGACCUGGUGUACGGUGAUUGUCAAGGAGAUAAAUGUGAAGGGGAUGAGGGCGGAGAUCGCGGCUGAGGGGGUUGUUUAUCAUGAUUGUUAG